AUGUAUUCCUCCGAUAGCAGUGACGAGAAGAAGCUGUGGCAAGAGGCGGAGAGUCUACGCCGCAUCGCCUUCUUUGGCAUCUGUAUCAGUACCGUCGCUACAUUGACGGCUAUUGUCGCUAUUCCAUCUCUUUACAACUACAUGCAACAUGUACAAUCUUCCCUCCAAACAGAGGUUGACUUCUGUAAACACCGAACGAACGGUCUUUUCGAUCAGUAUGAACGAAUGCAGCGAGUAAAGGGAGUUCGAGGAGGAAUCGUCAAGCGUCAAGCUGGAUAUGAUACUGGUGAUGCCGGAGUUUCAACUGCACACAUUUCUGAACAGGCACCCUUGUGCUGCAGCUGCAAGACUGGUCCAGCUGGACCUCCUGGUCCUCCUGGACUAGAUGGACCAGAUGGCAAAGACGGUCUGCCUGGAGCCAAUGGAGAGCCCGGAGCUGAUGCUGCCCCAGAUGCUGUGCCAACUGCUGAUGACUUCUGCUUUGACUGCCCCGCUGGCCCACCAGGACCUCCUGGAAACCCAGGACCAAAAGGACCACCUGGAAAUCCAGGAGCCGAUGGACAACCAGGACCAGAUGGUCAACCAGGUCAACCUGGACCCCCUGGACCACAAGGACCACCUGGACCCGACGGACAGCCUGGCCAACCUGGAGAGCAGGGUCCGCCUGGAAUUGUCGAGGAAGUUCCAGUACCCGAUGGACCUGCUGGACCUCCAGGACCACCUGGACCACCAGGACCAGACGGACAACCAGGAGCACCUGGCCAACCAGGACAAGAUGGACCACAAGGACCACCUGGAGAUCCAGGACGGGAUGGACCACCAGGAAACCCAGGCGCUCCAGGCGAACAAGGACCACUUGGAGAGAGCGGACCCGGAGGUAGCUGCGAUCACUGUCCACCACCUCGAACUGCUCCGGGAUAUUAA